AUGGCGGCCGUGGACUCGAUACCUCCAGCACGCACUGCCGUCCAGCAACCCAAACCCCAGGCUCUCGACAAGCCAUCGUCGAGCGGUAACAGCUCGGGAAGUGCCAUAGUGCAGCCAAAGCCGCAAGUCAUUCAGCAAAAGAACCUUGGCUCCACGAUUCUGGUUUCGCCUCGCCAGCGCGGCAACCCCGUCCUGACCUCCAUCCGGUCGAUUCCAUGGGAGUACAGCGACAUACCGGCCGACUAUGUCCUCGGACUAACCACCUGCGCGCUCUUCUUGAGCCUCAAAUAUCACCGUCUCCAUCCCGAAUAUAUAUACACGCGCAUCCGCAACCUUCAAGGCAAAUACAACCUGCGCAUCCUCCUCACCCUCGUUGACAUUCCGAAUCACGAGGACUCCCUACGCGAGCUCUCAAAGACUUCGGUGGUCAACAACGUGACCGUCAUGCUAUGCUGGUCCGCAGCCGAAGCAGCGCGCUAUCUCGAACUCUACAAAUCCUACGAAAACGCCAAUUUCGCAGCCAUUCGUGGACAGCAGUCAUCCAACUACGCAGACAAGCUGGUUGAGUUUGUCACGGUGCCGAGGAGCCUGAACAAAUCAGAUGCAGUGGCCCUGGUUGCCAAUUUUGGCAGUCUAAAAAAUGCCAUCAAUGCUGAGCCAGAGCAGCUGAGUAUGAUAAGCGGAUGGGGAGGUAUCAAAGUAAAGAGGUGGAUGGACGCAGUCGACGAGCCGUUUCGAGCAAGAAAAGCAGCCAAGAGGGGUCUCCAACCGUCAUCAGCACCCCCUCGACAGUUUCAAUUCCUGGACGAAGAUGGCGACUCCGACGAAGCGGCGGAGGCUGAAGAGGCUUUUACCACUUUGGUCCGUGAAGAAAAGUCCACUUCUCAACCUGUAUCCCAACCACGGGAAGAGCAGCGGCCAAGCAAAGAAAGUAGCCAGCUUAGUGAAGGCGUAGCGGCAGCAUUGGCAAAGCUGCGACAGAAUGGGUGA